AUUCACUUCGCACAUCGCUAAUAAAAAACCAUUCGGAAGUUUGGGAAAUUUGGAUAGAACCAUGAAAAAUGGCCAAGAAUAAGUCAACGGUGUACCUGGGAUACGAGGAUGAGGAGGUUACGGCCAAGCAGGAGCAGUUCCUGAACAGCUGCACCAACAAAAUCGGCGGCACACCCGAUUGGCCCAGACACGAGGUUACCAUUCCGUCAUGCCCGCUGUGCGGAGCAGUGCGUCCGCUGAUCGUGCAGAUGUAUGCGCCGCUGGACCGCUCCCAGUUCCAUCGCAGCCUGUACGUCUUUGGAUGCAUGAGCCCCGCCUGCUCGCAGAAUCCCAAGAGCUGGGUCUGUGUGCGCACCCAGCACCUGGAUCACCAGUUCGAGGUGAUCAGUGAGCAGUCGCCCAAGGCCACGCCCACUGGCAAGCAGCAUUCGAAGAAGAAGAGCAAGUCCGGCGGCUUGCAGGCGGUCAACUGGUGCAGUGGAGCGGACGACUGGGGCGACAGUGGCAGUGGAACCAUCGAGGUGACCAAAACCAACUCCGUGGCGUUGGACGAGGCCAUGGACAUCACCGCCGACGACGAGCAGAAUGAGAGGAACGGCAAUGUGCGUCCCAAUGCCUUGCAAUACGCCAAUGCGAAGGCCGAUAUCAAACUGGAUGAAUCAGUCAAGCUGGAGCAGGUGAAGAUGGGCGGCGAUGAGGACGAGGACGAGGAUGAGAGUACCUCGCUGGAGAGCGACCUGAUCUCGGGCUUCCAUCAAAUGGACAUGGUCUCUCCCCAGAACGCCGACGAUGAUCCGAAUGCCAACUGUGCAGCGGCCGCCGCUCCCAGUUUGGAUGGAGCCGGAGCCAGUGCAGCCUCAGCAGCCGUUUAUGCCGAGAUUGAGGGUCCCGAAACGGAUCUGGUGCUGGUCGACACGCCCAAGAAGCCGGAACGCGACCUCGUUGCCUUGCUAAAGCACACCUCCAGUUCGCUUUCGCAGAUCAAGGAUCUUACACUCAAGUCGUACUACAUUGCCGUGGAUGUGGAGAGCAAGACCCAGGUGGAGGAGUACGAGAACUAUGGAGGUGCUCUAUCCAUGGACCAUAUACGUGAUCUGUACCAAGAGUAUAAGCUGAGGGACGGAGACGCGGCUCAUUCACCCACAGGCGGUGCCUCCGGAUCUGGGGAGCCGGGCGAGGAGUUCGAGUCCUACGAGAAAUCCCUGCCAGCCCAUGGCGACAUAGUGUUUCACAACUUUAUCACUACCAUCCAGCAGAAUCCGGGACAAUUAUUAAGGUAUUCCCGGGAUGCGCUGCCGCUGCUGGUGGCACCGCUGACGGAACCCCUGCCCAGGUGUCAGAAUUGCAAGGGAGAGACCAUCUGCGAGGUGCAGCUGCUGCCCACACUCAUUCCCAAGCUGCGGUUUCAGGUGAACGGCUGCAAUGCGCCCAUCGAGUACGGAAACGUGCUGGUCUUCACUUGCCUCAAGAGCUGCUGGGACACGCCAGACCUGAUGCGCUACGAACAUGUUGUGGUGCAGUCCGAAUCUUAGACCGGCGUGCGGCCAUUAUCCAAAGCCAUUAGAACCUUCGCUGUAGCUGCUACGGUUGCAGACUGGUGCAACGAAUUUUAAACUGCAGAGGAAAAGCUAAGCUUCUCGAUUGUCCUAGGAAGAUUUUAUGCUCUAGUUGUUAAGAACGUUGUAAGCUUUUAGACACUCCGAUAAGGAUAGUUGCUAAUAAUAUCUCGUUAUUUCCACUCCCCCUCUAACAGGGUUUCAAA